UCCUAGAGAGGACCGGAAUUCAAGGGAGAAGGUUCUCCCCCAUCCCUUCCUGCAAGGAGGAGGAGGGCUGUUGUCUCAGCUCCUUCUGGGAUCCGGACAGGCAGAACUUGGCAGAAGACGUAGGGACUUCUUUCGAUUUCUUGGAGGUGUCCUGAGAACAGAGAUGGAUGAGCAAGACUCAGCUGGGCCUGAAGCAGGAGGAGGCCCUUCCAUCCAAACUCUUAGCCAUGGAGGAAUCUGGGGAAAAUCUGUCCAAAGGAUCCUGGGUGAGGAGGACACCCUCCGCUCAGAUGUGCAGAGCCAGCAGCUCAGGCGGCUUUGCAACCAGGAGGCCAAAGGACCCCGAGAGGUUUGCAACCGACUCUACCACCUUUGCCGUCAGUGGCUGAAACCAGAAACCCACACGAAAGCUGAGAUGCUGGACCUGGUGAUCUUGGAGCAGUUCCUGGCUGUCCUUCCACCAGAGAUGGAGAGCUGGGUGAGGGAAUGUGGAGCAGAGACCAGUUCCCAGGCGGUGGCCCUGGCUGAAGGUUUCCUCCUGAGUCAGGCAGAGGAGAGAAAGCAGGCAGAGCAGCAGGGGAAGGAUCAGUUUCCAGAAAUGGAUCUGGAUUCCUCUGAGGUAGAGAGAACUCCGUUGGACUCCAGAGAGAGGCCACUGGAAGACCGAACAAUGCCAGCAAGACCUGUUUGUCCAUCUAUUCUUGGUGGCGAAGGGGAAGCUGCCCCUGUGGAACCAGAGCAGGGUCCAGUGUGCUUUGAAGAUGUAGAUGUGCAUUUCACAGACGAGGAGUGGGCGUUGCUGGAUCCUGACCUGAGAGCUCUGCACAAGGAAGUCACGGAGGAGAAUCGUGGGUUCUUGGACUCUCUCGAGACGAGUGACAUUAGAGAUGGCACAGAUCCCAUGAGGCUCCAAUCCGUUUCUCUCUCAGUUGCAGGUCGCGAUGAAUUGGAGCUGACAAACAAGAGAGGCCACAACAAAAUCCGCAGAGUGGGGAAGUCAUAUCCAUCUUCAGAGUGCAGAGGGAGCUUCAGUCAGAGCUCCCAUUCCACUUCAAAUCAAAGAAAUCCCCUUGAGAAGAAACCCUAUCAGUGCUUGGAAUGUGGAAAGAGCUUUAGUCACAGAAACAAGUUCACUAUCCAUCAGAGAAUUCAUACAGGGGAGAAACCCUAUCAGUGCCAAGAGUGUGGAAGGAGCUUCAGUCAAUCGGGCGCUUUAACUUCCCAUUACAGAAUUCAUACAGGGGAGAAACCUUAUCAUUGCUUGGAAUGUGGAAAAAGCUUCAUUCAACAAGGCCAGCUUACUGUACAUCACAGAAUUCAUACAGGGGAGAAACCUUAUCAGUGCUUGGAAUGUAGAAAGAGGUUCAGAAUAUCAAGCCAGCUCACUGUCCAUCAGAGAAGUCAUACAGGGGAGAAACUUUUUCAGUGCUUGGAAUGUGGAAAGAGAUUCAGUCAGAGCAGCCGGCUCAUUGUCCAUCACAGAAUUCAUUCCGGGGGGGAACCAUAUCAGUGCUUGCAAUGUGGAAAGAGGUUUACUUGGAGAAUAAGUUUCACUUCCCAUCAAAGAAUUCUUACUGGAAAUAAAACCUAUCACUGCUUGGAAUGUGGAAAAAGCUUCAAUUACCAAGGCCAUCUUACUAUACAUCAAAGAAUUCAUAAAGGGGAGAAACCUUAUCAGUGCUUGGAAUGUGGAAAAAGCUUCAGUAAACAAGGCCAGCUACUGUACAUCAAAGAAUUCAUACAGGGGAGAAACCAAAUCAGUGCUUGGAAUGUGGAGAGAGCUUCACUUGGAAAAUAAAUUUCAUUUCCCAUCAAAUAAUUCAUACUGGAGAUAAACACUAUCACUGCUUGGAAUGUGGAAAAAGCUUCAGUCACCAAGGCCAGCUUAUUGUUGUUUAGUCGUGUCUGACUCUUCGUGACCCCCUGGACCAGAGCACGCCAAGCACUCCUGUCUUCCACUGCCUCCCGCAAUUUGGUCAAACUCAUGCUGGUAGCUUCGAGAACACUGCCCCACCAUCUCGUCCUCUGUCGUCCCCUUCUCCUUGAGCCCUCCAUCUUUCCCAACAUCAGGGUCUUUUCCAGGGAGUCUUCUCUUCUCAUGAGGUGGCCAGAUAUUGGAGCCUCAGCUUCAGGAUCUGUCCUUCCAGUGACCACUCAGGGCUGAUUUCCUUCAGAAUGGAGAGGUUUGAUCUUCUUGCAGUCCAUGGGACUCUCAAGAGUCUCCUCCAGCACUACAAUUCUAAAGCAUCAAUUCUUCGGCGAUCAGACUUCUUUACGGUCCAGCUCUCACUUCCCUACAUCACUACUGGGAAAACCAUAGCUUUAACUAUACAGACCUUUAUUGGCAAGGUGAUGUCUCUGCUUUUUAAGAUGCUGUCUAGGUUUGUCAUUGCUUUUCUGCCAAGAAGCAGGCAUCUUUUAAUUUCGUGACUGCUGUCACCAUCUGCAGUGAUCAUGGAGCCCAAGAAAGUAAACUCUCACUGCCUCCAUUUCUUCCCCUUCUACAGUAUUUGCCAGGAGGUGAUGGGACCAGUGGCCAUGAUCAUAGUUUUUUUGAUGUUGAGCCUCAGACCAUAUUUUGCGCUCUCCUCUUUCACCCUCAUUAAAAGGUUCUGUAACUCCUCCUCACUUUCUGCCAUCAAGGUUGUGUCAUCUGCAUAUCUGAGGUUGUUGAUAUUUCUUCUGGUAAUCUUAAUUCCGGCUUGGGAUUCAUCCAGCCCAGCCUUUCACAUGAUGAAUUCUGCAUAUAAAUUAAAUAAGCAGGGAGACAAUAUACAGCCUUGUCGUACUUCUUUCC